AUGGCUGGAUUCCUCGGAGGGCGCGGCGGCAACGACGGCAAUAGGGGCUACGGCAGGGUCGGGUCCAACCCUUACGGCGACAGCGCCGGCGCCACCGACCCUUACCGCGAUGCCCGCUCCGCCUACACCACUCCCGGCAGCGCCGCGCGGCAGGCCGCCACAGCAGGCGGUCUCGGCGGCGCGGGCCGCGCUCCUCCGCCCUCGCAGUCCGCCUACCGAUCCGGUGGCGCUGGCUUUGGCGGCGCUGGCUUCGCUUCCUCCGCACAACCUCCCCCAAGUUAUGGCUCCGAGAAGCCCCUGCCCUCGUCGCGCGGCGGCGGCGGCGGCGGUCACCUCAUCGUAAAGUGCCCCGAGCAGCUCGUCCUGACAAACUGCCUCAUCGUCAACCCUCAGGAGUGGGGCAGCACCCAGUACGUCCAGGUCGACGGCCAGUUUGUCUUCACCGCCCUGCCAGACUCGACGGGACAGAUUGCCCCGCGGACGCUGGGCACCGCUAUGCUCCAGCGCCAGUGGGCCGGACUCAGCGCGCAGGGCCACGAGGUGCAAGCGGAGCCCUACGACCCCUUCGUCUUUGGACAGAGCGUCUACCUGGGCGGCCUCGACCUCGAGAUCGGCUUCCUCCGCCGGGGCGAGGUCGUCUCCGAGUCGUUUGACGCAGACGAGAUGGCCAAAAACUUCCUCCGCGCCUUUGACAGCCACAUCUUCACCGUGGGCCAGCUGCUCGUCUUCGAGUUCCGCGGCAUGAACCUCAAGGCCACCGUCAAGGGCGUCAACGUCGUCGAGCUCCACCAGGUGCAGCAGAAGGGCAAGGUGCCCGACUCGGCCCCUCCCGGCCGCGCCGACAAGGGCAUCCUCAUCGCCCAGACCGACGUCAACUUUAUGUCGUCGCCCGACGGCGGCGUCAAGAUCAAGGCCAGCGGCAGGCGACCCCCGCCCAACGCCAUCCUCCAGCAGAACUUCAAGUUCGAGGACAUGGGCGUCGGCGGCCUCGACAAGGAGUUUGCCAACAUCUUCCGCCGCGCCUUUGCCUCGCGCAUCUUCCCGCCGGCGCUCGUCGAGAAGCUCGGCAUCCAGCACGUCAAGGGCAUCGUCCUCUACGGCCCGCCCGGCACCGGAAAGACGCUGCUGGCCAGGCAGAUUGGAAAGAUGCUCAACGCCCGCGAGCCCAAGAUCGUCAACGGACCCGAGGUGUUUGACAAGUACGUCGGCGGCAGCGAGGAAAACGUGCGCAAGCUCUUCGCCGACGCCGAAAAAGAGUCCAAGGAGAAGGGCGACGAGUCCGGCCUGCACAUUAUUAUCCUCGACGAGCUCGACGCCAUGGUGCGCCAGCGUGGCUCGGGCGGCGCGGGCGCCACCUCGGCCGGCGACAAUGUCGUCAAUACGCUGCUCGCCAAGCUCGACGGCGUCGAGCAGCUCAACAACAUUCUCGUCAUUGGCAUGACCAACCGCCUCGACAUGAUCGACGAGGCGCUGCUCCGCCCCGGCCGCCUCGAGGUCCACAUGGAGAUCAGCCUGCCCGACGAGUUCGGCCGCCGCCAGAUCAUCAACAUCCAGACCAACAAGAUGCGCACCAACGGCGUCAUGGACGACGACGUCAACAUCGAGGAGCUCGCCGCGCUCACCAAGAACUUUUCGGGCGCCGAGAUCGCGGGCCUGGUCAAGAGCGCCACCUCGUUUGCCUUUAACCGCCACGUCAAGGUGGGCACCAUGGCCGGCAUCUCGGACGACGUCGAAAACAUGAAGGUCAAGCACCGCGACUUCCUCGACGCGCUCGAAGAGGUGCGGCCGGCGUUUGGCGUGGCCGAGGAGGAGCUGCAGCAGGUGGUGCAGAACGGCAUCAUGCACUUUGCGCCCCACGUCGACGCCAUCCUGCGCGACGGCCACCUGCGCGUCGAGCAGGUGCGCACCAGCACGCGCACCCCGCUCGUCACGGUGCUCCUCCACGGCCCGCCGGGCUCGGGCAAGACGGCGCUGGCGGCCACGGUGGCCAUCUCGUCCGACUUCCCCUUUAUCAAGCUCAUCUCGCCCGAGAGCAUGAUUGGCAUGGGCGACGCGCAGAAGAUCAACUUCCUCAACAAGGUCUUCCUCGACGCCUACAAGUCGCCGAUGAGCAUCAUCGUCAUUGACAACAUCGAAAAGAUCAUCGAGUGGGUGCGCAUCGGGCCGCGCUUCUCCAACUCGGUGCUGCAGACGCUGGCGGUGCUGCUCAACAAGCGGCCGCCCAAGGACAAGCGGCUGCUGGUGCUGGCGACGACGUCGAACCGGCGGAUGCUGCAAGAGAUGGAGAUGCUCAACGCCUUCAUCGCCGAGAUCACGGUGCCGUCGAUUACGUCGCUGCAGAGCGUCGACCACGUGCUGCGCCAGAUGGAGCUGUUUGGCGACGAGCAGGCGCACGCCCGGUGCAUGCAGCUGCUGGCCAACGCCGGCCUGGCCCAGGAGGGCCAGCUCAACAUCGGCAUCAAGAAGCUCCUGUCCGAGAUUGAGAUGGCGCGACUCGACAGCGAUCCGGCCGACCGCCUGGCGUCGUCGCUGAGCUCGGUGCACGCCUCGGCCCUUGACGUUGACCUCGACCUCAACUAG